UAGACCUAUAGUUAAAUAAAAAUAUUCUUAAUUUGUUAUAAAAGUGUAAUUCUUAUAACUUGUUAUAUUUUUAUUUAUAUUCAAUUUUAGAAAAUAUAAAUGUCGUCAAAAAAGUUGGUAAUAAUAGACACCGAUUGCGGUGUCGACGACGCGAUGGCCAUAAUGUUGGCCACGUAUUGUCACAAACACAAUAUGAUUGACAUAAUGGCCAUCACUUGUCAAUUCGGUAACACAUAUGUUGAUAAUGUGGUCAAAAAUGUUGGCUAUACUCUCAAUGCCUCUGAUAUAAAAGGAAUUAAGAUAUACAGAGGUUGUGAGGGACCACUCGAUGGGAAAUAUGUUUUAGAGGAAUACUACGGAACCGACGGUUUAGGCGACUCUACUAAAGACAUGCCUCCCAUUGAUGUUGCCAUAGAGGGGGAGCCGGCGGCCAAUACAUUGGUACGGCUGGCCAGAGAGCACCCGAAGCAAAUCACCUUGAUCGCUUUGGGACCACUCACUAAUAUAGCCUCAGCUUAUAUUUUGGACAACAAAUUCUUUGACAAUUUAAAGCAAAUUGUUUUAAUGAGUGGUAGUCUUGACUUUAAUGGCAAUACAUAUCCGGUGACCAGUUUUAAUAUAAUUUCCGACGUCGAGGCAUGUAGUAUAGUGCUGUCCAACGCUAACUGUGCCGUUACAGUUGUGCCCAAUGAAUGUUGUAAAAGUAACAUUCUUACCUGGGAUAUUUACGACCAAAUAGUAAAAUUGGGUUCAAAGAGAUCAAUGUUUAUGAAACAGAUAACAGAUAUGGAGGUUAAAGAUAUUAAAGAAAACACGGAUAGCGGUGUCGACGACGCGUUGGCCAUAAUGUUGGCCACGUUUUGCCACAAACACAAUAUGAUUGACAUAAUAGCCAUCACCUGUCAAUUCGGUAAUACAUAUGUCGAGAAUGUGGUCAAAAAUGUCGGCUAUACUCUCAAUGCCAGUAAAUUAGAAGAAAUAAAGAUAUACAGGGGUUCUGACGGACCAAUUGUCGGCAAAUUUGUUUCCGACAAUUACUACGGAAUCGAUGGUUUGGGAAACUCUACACUAGAUAUGCCUCCCAUUGAUGUGCACAUAGAGAGUGAACACGCGGUCAAUGCAUUGGUACGACUGGUCAGAGAGCACCCGAAGCAAAUCACCUUGAUUGCUUUGGGACCGCUCACUAAUAUAGCGCUCGCAUAUAUGUUGGACAACAAAUUCUUUGAUAAUUUAAAUCAAAUUGUUUUUAUGGGCGGAACUCUUGACUUCGACGGCAAUUCAGAUCCCGUGAAAAGUUUUAACAUAGAUUCAGACGUCGAGGCCAUAAGUAGAGUGUUAUUGAGUGCCAACUGUGCCAUCACUGUUGUUCCUAAUGAAUGUUGCAAGAAACAUGUUCUUACCUGGAUAACAGAUAUGGAGGUUAAGCGCAUGAAAGAGCAGCCCGGAUCUAAGGGUAUAGUAAUGUUUGACAUUCUGGCAGUAAUGGCGCCCAUAUAUGAAGACUAUAUUGAAUUGAAAGCUCAAUACAAGACAAGCGUUGAAUUAAAUGGAGGGCUAACUCGAGGAGAACUCGUGUUCGACAAGAGGUCGACACCCGAUGUCCUGAAGAAUGACUGGAAAUCAGUUCAAUAUAUCAAACACUUUAACGACACAAAGUUAUCGCAAUUAAUGAUUGAUUUUAUGAAAUAA